GGUUGCCUCCCCUGCAUGGGGCCCUGCAGCAACCCACGCCUGGGGCUUCCUGGGUCGGAGUCGUCAUCGCAGCCCCCGAAGAGGAGGAAGAAGAGAUACCUGCGUCAUGACAAGCCCCCCUACACCUACUUGGCCAUGAUUGCCUUGGUGAUCCAGGCCGCACCCUCCCGCAGGCUGAAGCUGGCCCAGAUCAUCCGUCAGGUCCAGGCUGCAUUCCCCUUCUUCAGGGACGACUACGAGGGCUGGAAGGAUUCCAUCCGCCACAACCUCUCCUCCAACCGAUGCUUCCGCAAGGUGCCUAAAGAUCCUGCGAAACCCCAGGCCAAGGGCAACUUCUGGGCGGUCGACGUGAGCCUGAUCCCGGCCGAGGCGCUGCGGCUGCAGAACACGGCCCUGUGCCGUCGCUGGCAGAGCAGGGGCGUGCGGGGAGCCUUCGCCAAGGACCUGGGCCCCUACGUGCUGCACGGCUGGCCCUACCGGCCGCCCAGUCCUCAGGCGCAGCCCAGUCCUCAGCCACCACCCAGUCCUCAGCAGCCGCCCAGUGAGGGCUUCAGCAUAAAGUCUCUGCUAAGGGACCCCAGGGAGGGGGUGCCACAGAGCAGCCCGGGUCACAUAGGAUCUGGGCACAGUGGGGAGAAGGUGGUGCCUGCUCCACCCCUGCGCUCUGAGAGGCCUCUGUGGCCCCUCUGCCCCCUUCCCGGGUCCAAAAAAACAGAUAGGGAGACUAAUUCGCAGGGGGGAACCAGCAGGCCUUCACCCCUCUCCCCUGAGCACAGAGCCUGGCCCCUCCACUUACUGCAGGGUUCCCCAGAUGCUGGGGGACUGUCUGGUGGGAGUCACAGGGCCUCACUUUGGGGGCAGCUGCCCACCUCCUACUUGCCCAUCUACACUCCCAAUGUGGUAAUGCCCUUGGCUCCGCUACCACCCACAUCUUGUCCCCAGUGCCCACCUUCUACUAGCCCAGCCUUCUGGGGGGUGGCCCCUGAAACCCAUGCCCCCCCAGGGCUGCUCUGGGAUCUAGAUGCCCUCUUCCAGGGGGUGCCACCCAACAAGAGCAUCUACGAUGUGUGGGUUAGCCACUCCCAGGAUCCAGCUGCUUCCAGCCCAGGCUGGCUACUCUCCUGGUACAGCCUGUGAGGCCCCCCCGGGGCAGGGGCUGCUUCCCUCUCCUACCCUUCCUGCCACCACUGGCUUGUUGGGGAACCAAGGCCAAGAGGACCCAGAGGUGUUCUGUGG